UAGGCACACGAAAGCAACAGCGAGGAGGAGAGAGGAGAGGGAGAGGAAAAGGGAGAAGCCGAGGAGUUGUUGGUUCUGGUCGGAAGGUUUGAGGAGGAAGGGUGGGGAGGGGAGGGGGGGAGGAGGAUGAUGGUGGUCGCGAGCUGACUUGGCGGAUCGCGGCGGCGGCGGUGGAGGGGGGGAUCGGAGGGGGAGUAGGGCCACUCGGAUGGUAUUGGACUUCGCCGGCGCCGGAGGCGGCGAUCGCGGAUGGGCGGCGGGCGGGGCGGGGGCCGGGGGUUGUAGGUGGAGGAGGGGCGGUUCCGGAGUUGGGGGAGGCGUCGGCGGCGGUGCUCGUGGUGGGGGAGGAGUUGGGGAGAGGGAUGAGGCGUGGGAAGGGCGGGAGGAACGGGCUGCUGCCGAGCUCGCUGCGGAUCAUAUCGUCGUGCCUCAAGACGGUGUCGUCCAACGCCGGCUCCGUCGCGUCCACGGUGCGCUCGGCUGGCGCCUCCGUCGCCGCCUCCAUCGGCCCCCAGGCCGAGGACGAGAAGGACCAGGUAUUGUGGGCUGGAUUUGAUAAGUUAGAGCUUCAUCCGUCAUCUUUCAAGCAUGUUUUGCUAGUUGGUUAUUCAAAUGGGUUCCAAGUGCUUGAUGUUGAGGAUGCUGCAAAUGUCUGUGAAUUGGUCUCAAAACGCGAUGGCCCAGUUACAUUUUUACAAAUGCAACCCACACCACUUUACUCUGAUGGUACUGAAGGAUUCAGAGCAUCACAUCCCAUGCUUCUGGUUGUUGCUGGUGAUGAGACAAAUGGGUUGGGUAUGGUUCAAGGUGGUCGCUUAAGUGCGCUUAUCAGAGAUAACAGCAGUGAACCUCAACCUCCAAAUGGAAAUUGCAUUUCUACUCCAACGGUCGUCCGCUUCUACUCUUUGAAGUCUCACACAUAUGUACAUGUUCUCAGAUUUCGGUCUGCUGUAUAUAUAGUUCGCUGCAGCCCCCGGAUUGUUGCUGUAGCUCUUGCAGCACAAGUGUACUGCUUUGAUGCUGUGACUCUUGAGAACAAGUUAAGUGUCUUGACAUAUCCUUUGCAAGGGGCACCUGGGGUAAAUAUUGGGUAUGGCCCAAUGGCUGUUGGCCCAAGGUGGUUAGCUUAUGCUUCCAGUAGUCCUUUAUUAUCAAGCACAGGUCGUCUAAGUCCACAGAACCUUAUACCAUCUCCAGGGGUCAGCCCAUCUACCUCCCCUAGUAGUGGAAGUUUAGUUGCUCGAUAUGCAAUGGAAUCCAGUAAGCAGAUAGCUGCUGGUAUUAUUAAUCUUGGUGAUAUGGGAUACAAAACACUGUCUAAGUACUGCCAAGAACUUCUGCCGGAUGGUUCUGGCUCCCCCUUGUCAUCAAGUCCUGGCCGAAGAUCUGGCAAACUUCCCUCCAGUGUGCAUCCACUGGAAGCUGACAAUGCUGGAAUGGUAGUCAUCAAGGAUUUCAUCUCCAAAGAAAUCAUAUCUCAGUUUAGGGCUCACACAAGUCCCAUAUCUGCUCUUUGUUUUGACCCUAGUGGAACUCUGUUGGUCACAGCCUCUGUUCAUGGCCAUAACAUAAAUGUUUUCAGGAUCAUGCCAACCUUAAUAGUUAACAGCUCAAGCUCAAUACGCUAUGAUUGGACAGCGUCCCAUGUGCACCUUUACAAACUGUAUCGUGGCAUGACAGCAGCUGUCAUCCAGGAUAUUUCUUUUAGCCAUUUUAGCCAGUGGAUAUCUAUUGUUUCAUCACGAGGUACUUGCCAUAUUUUUACAUUGUCCCCUUUUGGAGGUGAUGCGAGUCUGCUGCCACAGAAUUCUCACAGUGAUGGGCCACCCCUUGCCCCAUGUCAGUCAAGGCCAUGGUGGUCAAAGCCGUCAUUCCUUAUGGAUCAUCAGCUUCAUCCAGCUCCCUCAACUGUAACUAAUUCUGUAGUCAGUAGGAUAAAGAACAGUUCUUCUGGUUGGCUAAAUACUGUCAGUAAUGUGGCUGCCUCUGCAAGUGGAAAAUCAUCUGCACCAUCUGGUGCAGUUACUGCUGUUUUCCACAAUUCCAACUAUGAAGGUUCAUUGCCAGUUCCAUCAAAGGCUAAUGCUUUAGAGCAUCUAUUGGUGUAUUCACCAUCUGGUCAUGUUAUUCAACAUGAACUUCUGCCUAUCUCAGGUUCGGAAUCCUCUGAUAGCAGUCCAAUAGUUGGGACUGGUUCCUUGCAGAUUCAAGAUGAUGAGUUGCAUGUUACCGCUGAACCGACUCAGUGGUGGGAUGUGUGCCGUAGGACAAACUGGCCAGAAAGAGAUGAAAACAUGGCAAACAUAGUCUUCCAUAACCAACGGAACAGUAUGAUGGCAAUGGAUUCUUCUGACUGUGAUAGUGAGCAUUCUGAUUCCGUUCCAUCAGACGGUAUUUCUGGGAAAGAGAGUAUGAGAUCUCGUGAAAGAUCAAGUUGGUACCUCUCAAAUGCAGAGGUACAGAUAAGUUCAUGGAGGAUUCCCAUCUGGCAGAAAUCAAAGAUUUUCUUCUAUGUGAUAGAUCAACCGCCUGCAGAAUUAGAGGAAUAUCAUAGCUUUAGUGGGGGAGAGAUUGAGAUUGAGAAGUUGCCUCUGCAUGAGGUUGAACUCAGGAGGAGGGAAUUACUCCCUGUAUUUAAGCAGUUCCACCAUUCUGAGCAAAAUUUUAAUGACAGGACUCAUGCAAUGGGACGGUUUCAGAAUGCAUUGAUUGACAUUGACAAGGAUAAUGGUGCUCAUGGAUCCAAGCCAGGGCUCCCUAUAUCUGGAUUUUACAAUGAUACAAGGAAAAUGCAGAGCAUGAAUGGUUUAGGAGGGCAGUUAUUGUCUGGACCUAUCACUACCCAUGAUUUACAUCCAAUGGAAAAAUGCAAUCCUGUUGAAUCUCCUAAAGUGGCAAAUUUGACUGCCCUUCACAAUGUAGAUGACACGAGCAUGAAUCUUGUUUCAACAGCACCUGGAGGAAAUGCAUCAUCCCUAACUCUACACGGUAGAGAGAGAGUGGACCGUGUACACUCAAACAUCAGACCUUUGAGCAGCUAUUCCCUCUUGGAUGGACCUCUUGAUGAUGGACUACCGUCGCCUGCAACUAAUGUAUCGAGCGGGCCUCAGUUAACCAACAAUUCUUCAGUAAGCAAUGGUGCAACCACUGACAUAUCAAAUGGGUGCCUCACGAGCAUCAAUUCUGGACAGAAUGAAGCAUCUGACUCUCACAACUCAGUGGAGUUUACCCAGUAUUUCCAAGAGGGCUAUUGUAAAAUAUCAGAACUCGAUGACUGCCGUGAGUUAACUGAAGCUGUUACUGAUGCUGACAGCAGCAGCAGCCACUGCGAGAGAGAGAAGCCUGAGGAAGAUGGGGAUAACGACGACAUGCUUGGAGCUGUUUUUGCCUUCAGUGAAGAAGGUUGAACCUAAUAUACUCUGCUUUUACAUAGAGAAUGGAAAACAGUGCCCACGAUAUGAUUUCUAGUAGGCUUUCGUGGAAUAAAUUGGUGCUGAGAUGAUGAUAAUCUACAAUUUGGUACAUAUUAGAAAGGUAAAGCUUGUGCUCAAUGCCCAUUUGUGAGAAGUUUUACUCAGGAAUUGAGAUCAAGAUCCUUCCGGGCAAUUUACUAAUCCACGGGUCCACGUUAAGGGAGCUUGGUGUUGUCGAGAAGUUGCUGCUGCCUGCCGCGACACUGCCCCCUUUUCUGUUACUCUGUACAUACUGUAAGACCAUUUGUUUUGUGAAAUACCUCCGGAACAUUUGGACGGUCCAAAGACCUUGGCAGCCAUAUUUGUUGACUGCUCCCUGCCAAGGCCUGUUAAUGUUCCUUGUUUAUUUGUACAGUCUUCUCUGUUUCAUUAAGAAAAGGAAAUCUAGCAAGGAUUAAUGUGACGUUAACUGUAUAAACAUUCAGUAAAAAAUUUCCAUUUACGAAGAAA